AAUGGAGCUAGAACUGAUGUUGUGUCUGAAGAUGGUGAAACUCUACUACAUUGUGCAGGUGAAUCUGGUAAAGUUGAAAUGCUUGAGUUUUGGAUUAAGAGAGGAGAAUAUGAUGUGAAUGUGAAAGAUAAAUGGAACAGAACUCCAUUGUUUAAUGUUGUUAAGAGUGGUAGUAUUGAAGCUGUUGAUAUUCUAUUAACUAAUGGAGCUAGAACUGAUGUUGUGGAUAAAUUUGGUAUAACUCUACUACAUUGUGCUGGUAAAUCUGGUAAAGUUGAAGUGCUUGAGUUUUGGAUCAAGAGAGGAGAAUAUGAUGUGAAUGUUAAAGCUAACAGCAAAAGAACUCCAUUGUUUGAUGCUGUUAAGAGUGGUAGUAUUGAAGCUGUUGAUAUUCUAUUAACUAAUGGAGCUAGAACUGAUGUCGUGUCUGAGUCUUAUGGCACUCCAUUGCACUAUGCUGUUGAGUACUGUAAAAGUUAUGGUAACACUCCUCUGUUACUAGCAAUUGAAGAAGGUAGAUCAACUGAAAUUAUCAAAUCAUUGAUUACUAAAGGCCAAGCUGAUGUGACUGCUGCUUGUGAGAAAUAUUGUAUCAAUCCUGAGCUAUCUAGAUCUGAAAUUACUGAGUUAUUAAUCACUAAGAUGCGAAAAUUAAUGUUUUCACCACGGCUAGAAAGGCAAUGGAUGUCAUCACGACUAGAAAGGCAACAGAUUCAAAUGUCCUCAUCAAUGUCAAUGUCAAUGUCCACAUCGCGACCAGAAAGGCUGCGUUACUUUGAAGCACAGUCAAGUCAAAGAAUGGCAUGUAAAUUAGUUUUUAAGUUAUUAGUCACUUGA